GAGGGUCAGCUUUCUCUGCUAGUUCCCACCCUCGGACUUCUUAGCCCCUGGAAUUCGAGAGGGGCUCAGGGAGUUCCCGGAGGAGGGCGAAGAGGUAUCGCCCGAGAAGGCCUGGGGUCGAGACUCCAGUUGGAGGAGGUGCUGGAAGCUACCGGGGAACCACUGGAGAGGAUCUUCCUAGGGUCCCUUUCCCUUUGUGGAGUGCUAUGGAGUUCCCAGAACACAGCCAGCAGCUGCUGCAGAGCCUCCGAGAGCAGCGGUCCCAGGGUUUCCUUUGUGACUGCACCGUGAUGGUGGGUAGUACCCAGUUCUUGGCCCAUCGGGCUGUGCUGGCCUCCUGCAGCCCAUUUUUCCAGCUUUUCUACAAAGAGCGGGAACUGGACAAGAGGGAUCUGGUGUGUAUCCACAACGAGAUUGUCACAGCCCCGGCCUUUGGACUGCUUCUGGACUUUAUGUAUGCUGGCCAGCUGGUCCUCAGGGGGGAUACCCCUGUGGAGGAUGUGCUGGCGGCCGCCAGCUACUUGCACAUGAAUGAUAUUGUCAAGGUGUGUAAGCGGCGGCUGCAAGCCCGGGCCCUGGCAGAGGCGGACAGUACCAAGAAGGAAGAAGAAACCAACUCACAACCCCCUAAUUUGGAGUUUUUGUCCAGCACUUCCCGUGGUUCCCAGCCUUUGUUGGCAUCAGCAGAGACAUCAGGGCACUGGGGCAAAGGAGAAUGGAAAGGCUCUGCAGCUCCCUCACCUGUCUGUCCUCCAGAUGAGCCACCGAUGCCAGCUGGGGCUGACACUACACAGCCUGGCGUGGAGGUUGAGUCAUCGCAUCUGUGGGCACCUCCUCUACCGGUGGCUGAUGUCUCUCUUGCCAGCCCCAGCAGCUCCACAGAGACCAACCCUGCAAACUACUUCCCUGCUGCGGGCCUCCCAACUGUUUCAGUGGAGCCACUGGCUCCCCUUGAUGUGGGUUCUGAGAGCCUGAGGGUGGCAGAACCAAGGGCAACUGGAGGACCGUUGCAAGGCUUUUAUCCCCCAACUUCAGCUGCAGUCCCAGUUCCAUCCGAGGUUCCAGCCCCCGCGGAAGCUGAGCUGGUACAGGUGAAAGUAGAAGCAAUUGUGAUUUCUGAUGAGGAGCCUGACGUGUCAGAGGAACAGCCUCGAGGUCCUGAGGGACUCUUUCCUCCUGGAGGAGCCAUGUAUGGUGGACAGCCCCCCCAGCCAGAGGCCUUUGAGGAGCCACGGGCAGCAGGACUGGAGGAGGUGCGGCCCAGUGACCACUUCCUGACGCCAGAUCCUCACCUACGCUACCAUUUGCUGCCAGGUCCAGGGCAGUAUCACCGAGGGCUGGUGACCUCGCCCCUGCCUGCACUAUCCGCCAUGCAUGAGCCGCUCUACCUGCCUUCUGAGUAUGAAGCAGCCCCAGGAAGCUUUGGGGGUUUUAUUGAGGAUGUUCCGACUUGCAAGACAUGUGGGAAGACCUUCUCAUGCUCUUACACACUGCGUCGUCACGCCACAGUGCACACGCGGGAGCGACCCUACGAGUGCCGCUACUGCCUGCGCAGCUACACGCAGUCCGGGGACCUGUACCGCCACAUCCGCAAGGCUCACAAUGAGGACCUGGCCAAACGCAGCAAACCGGAUCCCGAGGCUGGCCCCGUCCUGGGAGCGCAGCCCCUCCCUGGCUCCCCGACCGCAGACAGACCGAACAGCAGUGCUGGAGGGCCACCCAAAGAUUUUGUACUUGGCUCCAAAAACUAACACCCGGGAGAGCAUGCGCCGAUGCCAGGCCUGCUCUUGCCGCCACCAGGGGGUAGCACGGAAGGUGGAAGCGCCUCAUUUCCUCAGCUGGGGACGGAAUGAAGGUUCUGCCCAGGCUGAAGGUUCCUACCCUUUUCUUUUCCCAGCCAGAGAGGACUUUAUGGGUAUUGCAUCUCAGCCAACUCCUCGCCGCGCUGGGAAUUUUCCUGAGAUGUAAUCGCUUCUCACUCUACAUUUUGGACCAUAAAGCUGGCAGUGAAAGUAUUGCUCUAAACCGGUUGGCUGGUUUCUUCCACAAACAUGCAUGCCUCUUGAUUUUUUUCAUAGCUUUCCUUCAGACUUUUUAGGAAUCUGACACCUGCAUUUGGGGUAGGGGUCAGGUUGCUUAGGAGGAAAAAAGUGAGGUAAGGAAAGGGUAAUGUAGACUUUACUUAGGAAAAGUAUACAAAUUAGGUUAUUUUACACGAUUAUGGUUUAUUGUUGUAUUUGAGCUCCUGUGCCCUGGGCUGUAUUGGGGACUUCAUAUACUCAUUUAAUCGUCAACAACUUUAUGAGGUAUUAUCCCUGUCCCCACUUUUUUUUCCCACAAAGGAAACUUGAGACUGAACAAUCUACAUUAGCUUGUUCAAGGUCACAGAGCUAAUUAAGGCGCAGGCCAGAAUUUGAACCCUGGCUUAUGACUUCAUGCUGGUUUGAAACUUUGUUGAAGAUGGUUAACUUUGAACUAGAAGUUGUUUCUUUUUUGAGUGUUUGGUUUUGUUGCCUUACCCCUUUCUGUCUGCUUUCCAUGUAGAAAGACUUGGUUGACUGUUUCAACGACAAAUACUGUAUUGAUGACUUGAAAUUUUUGCCUGCGUCUUAUAUGUGGAUUGAGGUCUCUGAAGACAAACUGGAAGGCAGAAACACUACCGUGGAGGUAGGUGUGUGGGGGGAGGUUGGGGGCCUGUGAAAUGGAAAUGAUGAGUACUUGGGAAAACUAAAGCAAGGAACACUGGAAGAGAGCCUCAGAGUUCAUCUAGUCCAACUUUCUCACUUAAAAGGUGUGAUGAUAGCCUAGACAGGUCAAAUAACUCAUCUCUGAUCACACAGGUGGUUACUGGCAAUAGAGAUAGCAAAGAAAUGGGAGCUUGAGGUGUUGAUGUGGCAUGGGGGAUAAAGCAUUCUAGAAAUGCAAGAGAAGGUCUGCCCCUGCCUGUGGUAGAAUGGUGUUUGUAUGAUGGACCAGAGGGCUACCCACAAACCCUUUCUCUUUGACACAUAAGGAACUGAGUGCAAAAAAAGCAGGAAGGAAUAUUUAGAAGAUGAAAAUAUGAGUGAAUUUCCUGAAUUUCUUCUCCUUUUGGAUUUGUUACAUUCAGCACUGUGAACUCUUACUAGUAAGCUACUGUUUUUGAGUCAUAGGAAGGAGACAGAGCUGAGCAAAUAUUUGGUCAAAGAAAGUUCCUUACCUGGUACAUUAUGGGGAGCAAAAGUUGAUGUUUAACAUUUCCAGGAUUGGGAGUGAAUUCCAUGCCUUUCGUUUUUUUUUAUCUUUUUAUCUUUCAAAUGCCUAAUUUUAAUUUAUGCAAAUACAUUACUGCCUUAACUCCUUGGUGAAACAAGGCAAGAUGUACAUAAACCCAGUAAGAGCUAUUUUAGCUGAGUGGAGCACCUUUUCCAAAGUCUUUCCUAGAGUAACUAUGACAUCAAACUGCCUAUAAAAAUCAGUUGCCUUUAAAAGAGUGAACUUUAUGAUUGUGAAUUAUCUGUCAAUUUAAAAAAAAAAAACAUGGGGCUGGGGGUGGGCGGGGGGAGGAGAAAUCAGUUGCCUCAGAAUGGUUCCUAAAAGCAAGGCAUAAUAUGUGUACAUGUAUAUAUCGUGUAUAUAAUUUCUCUGGACAUCUGGGGGACACAGGAACCAUUGUUAUUGUCUUGGCCAUGUGCAAUACAAACUAAAGAGGAUCUUACUUGGUGACAUUCUCCUGAAGAGCAUCUACUUUUAGUUCCCAGCAUGGAAUGCUUUCUUCAUUGGAGGUGGCAGCUAGGAAUUUGUAAGACAUUUAAAGCAACAGCCAACACACUUACAGCCACAGUUGCCUCUCUUUAUCUAUCUGCUGGACACCAAGAACAGUUUAUGCCUGUCCGUGGAAGUGUGAUCAAUAGAGAAGUUUCUCUGGUUUCCACUUCUCUUGACGGCCCAUCCAUGGAUUCAAGGAACCAUAGGUCAGCUUAUCUAACCUCUAGUCCAACACUGGAUCCUCCUUUUGCCAAGUGUUGAACCUCUGCUUGAAAGAGAACUCACUGUCCCCAAAGGAAAUCUAUUUAACUGUUGGGCAACCCUAAUCACUAAUAAUUACUUCUACUGAGCCAAAAUCGGCCUCCGAUGCUGGGAUGGGUCAGGCCCCAGGCUACCAAGAGUUUAACCCAAGAAGUUACUUGCUUUUGAGCUCCAAGUUGAUUUAGUUUUCAGACAACCAUCCUUUGCUCUCCAGUUUUAGAAACAUAUUCCUAGUUUAGGAUUUCACUUAUUUUCUUAAUUGGCUAUUUUGUAAGCAUAUGCCUUCACUUGCCCUUAGCUUUACAAAACUCACCAUUUAGCCCUUCACAUUUGAUUUCAAUUUCUCCAAAGCCAGUGAUUCCAAAGAUGAUUUACUUGGAUAUAUACUAAUAUUUUUAUGGUUGGUUGGUUGGUUUUUUUUUGGGUAAAUGAUAUAAAGUGCUCUAAAAUCCCCACCUCAAUUUUAUCAGUAAGCAAUUUCAGUAUGCCAUCUCUAAAAGGACUCUUAAAGAAGAAAAAAAAAAAAAGGACCAAAUACCAUGAUCACCUGGGUCAGGAAGAUACCCUGGAGAAGGAAAUGGCAACCCAUUCCAGUAAUCUUGCCUGGAAAAUUCCCAUGGACAGAGGAGCCUGUUGGGAUACGGUCCAUGGUGUCACAGAGUUGGACACGACUGAAUGACUAAACAACAACCACUAUGAUCACACCCAACAAAACUGAUAAUUCUUGUUCAGAGCUUCCUGAUUGUCCCAUAAAGUUGUUUUUUUUUUUUUUUUUCAAAUAAGAAUCCAAAUUCUAAGGGUUUUAGGAGCUCUGUGCCAGGACUUCGGAGACCUAUAUAUAUAUAAUUAUUUUUCAUUAUUU